AUGGCCGCUGAUGUCCAGAGCACCGCCUCACGCAUCCUUUCCGCCGAGCCUACUCGAGACCCGAGCUACAACGACUUUUCCUUCUCUCCGUUUCUGCGCAAAAGCUUCGGUUUUGGUCUUGCCAGCGAUGUUCCGGUGUGUAAGGCCUACAGUGAAGGCCAUUGCCCUCUAGGACCUGCCUGCCCAGACCGGCACCCAACCCCUUCUCGUGUCACCACGUCCACCACCACAGCCUCCGGGUUGGCCCCGUCCACCACACACGGAUCAUUAGUCUGCAAGCAUUUUCUCAAGGGUCUGUGCAAGAAGGGGCUGAAGUGCGAAUACCUCCACGAGUACAACCUGCGUCGCAUGCCGGAAUGUCAAUCUUUCUCUCGAUCCGGAUACUGCCCCAAUGGUGAUGAUUGUCUCUACCAACAUGUUCGUGAAGAGGCUCGCCUUCCCCCGUGCGAGCACUACGACCGCGGGUUUUGUGAGUUGGGCUCACUGUGCGCCAAGCGCCAUGUUCGUCGUCGACUCUGCAUGUUCUACUUGGCCGGAUUCUGCCCGGACGGCAAGGCAUGCGCAAAUGCUCAUCCCCGAUGGACCGAAAACCUCCCACGACCGACGAUCCGGACUGAAAAGACCGAGGAGGAGCUGGAGCAUGAGCGAGCUCUAAUCCGGGAAGAGCAAGAACGGGAGAAGGAGCGGGAACGCGAAUGGCGGAGUGAGCGUGGCCGUGGAGGGGGAUUCAUGCGGGGCCGCUAUCGCGGGCGUGGCAGGGGUUAG